CGCUGUGGUACAUUGGCAAGGUGAGCGAGGGCGGGAGGGGCUUGGCUGGGUCCAGUCAGGAAAGCCGCGACUUUGAGGUUCGGUGCAGCCCUUCUUCGUCCCCGAAGGAUCAUCAGAAUGCAGACUCCAGUAGGUCUCCUGGCUUCGCCAGCUCUGUUCCGCUGCUGUUCUCGAGCUCUAACCAGGCCAGCUUCCCUGUCUAUAUUGAGCAGGCCAGAGACUCAGACUCUGCAGCCUUUUGGAGUUUUGAAUCGUCAGCUAGCUCAUCGGGAAUUCCAAACCAGUGCUGUCUCCCGUGAUAUUGAUACUGCUGCUAAAUUCAUCGGUGCUGGUGCUGCUACUGUGGGAGUAGCUGGUUCAGGAGCUGGGAUUGGGACAGUGUUUGGCAGUUUAAUCAUUGGUUAUGCCAGGAACCCAUCCCUCAAGCAGCAGCUGUUUUCUUACGCUAUCCUGGGUUUUGCCCUCUCAGAGGCCAUGGGGCUCUUCUGUUUGAUGGUGGCAUUCCUCAUUUUGUUUGCCAUGUGAAAGCCUUGGAGCUACGCUGCAGCUGCUGUCUGUCUGUGUCCUCUCCAGUUUGAGCCUGCCUCCCUUGCCAGGGUGUUAACAGAUUUAAACAAACUUUCUCUAAAUAAAUAAGAUUCAAGUUU